ACAAAACCAGCAGCUUCUGCGCCGUCUGUUCUUCCCUACAACAAACACAACCCGACAGAAAACAUGACCGCUCAAGACAAGGUCAAGGAUACCGUCCGUGAGGAGGCACAGAGAGUCGCCAACCUGGCAAGCGAUGCUGCUCAGUCAGGAGCCUACCUGUACCCCAUCAGGGGCAUCGCCUACUUCCUCGCUCACCGCGACCUUUGGAAGCCUCUCGCAUCCAAACUCAUCCCCACCCUCUUGCUCGGCAUCAGCACCCUCGCCGGUGUCUUCGUAUUCGGCUACCUUCCUCAAGCCGCCGUACUUGCCGUCUUCAACGGCCCUCUCGCCGCUAUCAAUGCCGCCCUGCUGUGCCUGAACGAGAGCAGCACCAUCUUCAACACCCUCGCCAAGACCUUCCUCGUCGAGGAGAGCUUGAUUGACACCUUUGACGGUACUCUGGUCGCUAAGGGCGAGGCCGAGCUCGUCUCAAAGGAGCGCAAGGUCGGUCGUGGUGGUGAUGCUAUUGGCCGUCUUGGUAAACUCGUUAAGAAGCCGUUCGCCAAGUUCGCACCCAGCGCCAUCAUCAGAUACGUCAUGUAUCUGCCUCUCAACUUCAUCCCCGUUGUUGGUACAGUCAUGUUCAUCCUCCUCCAGGGCAAGCGCGCUGGUCCUGCUGCUCACUCUAGAUACUUCCAACUCAAGGGCAUGAACAAGGCUCGUCAGGAUGAGUGGGUUGAGAAGAGACAGGGCGCAUACACUGGUUUCGGUACUGUUGCUACUCUGUUGGAGCUUGUCCCUAUUGCUGGUGUCUUCUUCGCCUUCACCAACACCACUGGUGCUGCUCUUUGGGCUGCCGACCUCGAGUCGAGAGGAAAUGACAGACAGUCAACUGCUCAGCUGAGAGACCAGAGCAAGAAG